AUGGUGAGCCAGAACACAUUUCACGGUCUUACUAUCAUCGGCGUCCGCACGGCCAUCCUGCUGCUCCUGGCGUGUCUCGCGGCAGCCCGUGGGCAGGAGCGCGCGUUCAGUGUUGUGAACUUCGGUGCCCGGGGCGACGGCACCACGGACGACACCAAGGCGUUCGAGCAAGCGUGGGCCGCAACGUGCGGUGCGCGUGGCCCGUCGGCGACGCUCCACGUGCCGGCGAACAGAUCCUUCCUUGUCGGGCCGACCACGUUCCACGGGCCUUGCACUUCCGCCAGAGUGACAGUCCAGGUCUUGGGCACGAUUACAGCGCCGCCUUCGACGUCAGCCGCGUGGAAGUGGAGCGACUAUUGGCUCAUGUUCCAACAGGUCCGCGGGCUCACGGUGACCGGCGGAAGCGCCGGCGUGCUCGACGGCAGAGGCCAGACUUGGUGGCCCAGGAAAUGCAAACGCAAUGGUUGUCUUGUUGUUGCACCGACGGCCUUGAAGCUGGUUAGCUGCGACGGCCUGGAGCUGAGCUACUUGAGCAGCAAGGAUAGCCCGCAGAUGCACAUCGUCGUGAGCACGAGCAGGGGGGUGAACAUGACCCAUCUCACCAUCACCGCGCCGGGGGACAGCCCCAACACCGACGGCAUCCACCUCGACCGCUCCGAAGGCGUGCAGAUCACCGGAUCGACGAUCGGCACCGGCGACGACUGCGUCUCCAUCGGCUCCGGGACCCGCUUCGUCACCGUCGACGGACUCGUCUGCGGGCCUGGUCACGGCGUAAGUGUGGGGAGCCUGGGCAGGAAAGGAUCAAACGCAGCAGUGGAGUACAUCGAUGUGAGAAACGUCCACUUCAUCAAUACAUCGAAUGGAGCGAGGAUCAAGACAUGGCUGGGUGGACAAGGCUACGCAAGAUCCAUCUCAUUCACCGACAUAAAAUUCACCAACGUGGACCAUCCUGUGGUCAUCAACCAGUUUUAUGUAGACCGUGCCAUCCAAUCGAUGGGGGGAGUGGCGAUCAGGAACAUAACGUACACCAACCUGAACGGGACUUCGAGCCAGAAAACGGCCGUGGCGUUUGACUGCAGCGAGAGCGGCAGCUGCACGGGGAUCCACGUCAACUCCAUGGCGAUCACGGGGACAGAUGGCCAAGCGACCGUAGCCCGCUGCCAAAACGUGCAAGGAGACACCUCCGGAAACGUUUCUCCACACAUCCCUUGCCUUGGCUAA